AUGAUCUAUGUUCUGAACGGGGACGUCGUGCACCAUACCUUAGAGCAGUAUCCACAAACGAAAAAGGUUCAUGAUCAUGAUUACAUUGCGCGCCUGCUGAGAUUUGAGCUGGAGAAGGUUGCCGACGAGGUCGAGCAUCUCGAGAACUUCUACGGCAAGUGCCACCCGAUGCCGCUCGAAGAGGUCACUGCCGAAGGCUGUGUUGUGCACAUGUGUGUUUUGCUUCUUGGGACAGGUGAAUCGGGACAUCUUCGGCCGAGAGGAUGCCUGAGCCUCUACUAUAAGUACUAA